AUUCAUAUUUACUUGCAGUUGCUCUUUUUUUGGUAACGCGAAAAACGUCACUUGUCAUUCAUUAUUUAUGCUUUGAUUUUUGAUAUAUUUGUUAUUGUAACAUAAUUUGACGUCACCAUAAUUUGGCAUCUUUGGAAAAAUGUUCGUUUGUUACCCAAUGUUUACUCAAAGAUUAUGGCAACGCGUCAUCACACCGACAAUACCAACACAAUCACAUCUUCACCAACGCUACACAUACGCGUCAUAUUUUUCCUCUGAGCCGCCAGAGCGUGCUAAAAAUCGAGCUUCGAAAUUCAGCAUGGCGAUUUAGAAAACGUCACUGCGAUGUGAUGUUUAAUUGGCUGCUUCGGUUGGACCGGAGCUGUCGUUGGACGAAUAAAUUCGAAAGGAACUAAUCGUUUGCACUUGUACGUCAUCUGUCAAACUCAUAAACUUGUUGAAGAAAGGUAAGCGGAGGAAUUUGACAUAAACAUCAAUAAUGUCGGAGGGAAGCAGAUUGUUGGAGUGUUUGUUAAAAGUGUCGGAAAAAGCGGCGAAUAUAGCGAGGGUGUGUCGCCAAAAUCGUCAGUUGUUUAAACUCUUGGUACAGGAAAAAUCUGAUGAGGAAAAGAAUCCGAGAUUUGUACAGGACUUCAAAACUCUAGCCGAUGUAUUGAUACAGGAAACGAUAAAACACGACGUGGGAACGGAGUUUCCAGACCUGGCGGAGCAUGUAACAGGCGAGGAGAAUAACACGUUCAGUAACACAUUGGGCGAGUCUGUUACCGUCAAAGUUUGUUCAAAUUUUGACGACACUGCCAACCUCUUGGAAAAAGUUCUCAAUAACGAUUCCGAAGUUGCCAAUCUACUCGCUGUUGAAGUGCACAGAGAAAUUCAACUUUCAGAUGUGCCGGGGAAUAAUCACGUUCCUGAUAAUCUCAAACUCACCACCGAUGCGCUCGGCAUAUGGAUAGACCCAAUUGAUUCUACCGCCGAGUAUAUUCAUGGGGUAGAAAAAGUAGAUGAGGUGACGGGUGUGCAUUUAAGCGGUUUGAGGUGCGUUACCGUGCUCAUUGGAGUCUUUGAGAAAACCACGGGACGUCCAGUUCUAGGUGUGAUAAAUCAGCCGUUCCACAAUAAUACUUGUGAUUCCGAGUGGCUGGGAUUGACUUACUGGGGCUUCAACUAUAAUGGUGUUAGACUGUCCUCGAUAAGUGGUCCAGAACCAAGUAGGAAUGUUGCUGUUCUGAGCAGCUCAGAGAGUACGGGUAUCAAGUCAAAGCUAUCUGAAAAUGGCUUCACUUUGGUCGAAGCAGCUGGAGCUGGCUAUAAGUUGUUGACGGUGAUUCUUGGCCAGUCUGACAUCUACAUUUUGUCUAAGGACUCCACAUUCAAGUGGGACACUUGCGCAGCUCAGGCUAUAUUGGGUUCCUUGGAAGGAGGUGUAAUUGAUUUUAGAAACUUCUUAAAAACUGACUCUUCAAACGAUUCGAAUCUCAUUUACUUACCUGCGGAUAACGAUUCCUGCAAUCGAGGUGGCAUUGUUGCUUACCGCAACAUAGAAAUCUUGGAAUCUAUUAAAAAAAUAUUAUUAUCUCACUAGCGUUAAAAGACAGUGCCAAAUUUUCAUGAUCUUGCAACUCGAUCCCUGUUCUUAUUCUGAUUUUGGAUUUUAAUUCAAGUUAAGUACAUGCAGGGCACGCUGUACUUAAGAUGAACCGGUAUUUUUAGCAAUCAGUUCUAAGACGAUAUAUUAAUAUCUAAAUACCUAUUUGCAAAGUUGUUACUGAAUAGUCCAGAUUUAUACCCGCUCUAAAAAUGUACUUAAGCAAAGUCAAAGUUAUUGUGCAAUGUUACUGUACUGUUAUCUAGUUACUAAUUACUAUUACAAUGUGAUUUAAAGUUACCUCACCGCCGGUGAGAGUAAAAUAUAACUGAAGAUUUCAUUGCACUCAUGACAAAAGAAAUGUACUUGAUAGUAAUUUCACGUACAAUUUGCCUUAAUCGAUGUAAAUCUAGUCCAAUUUGAUAGAUCGGAAAAAUCGAUUUUUAAACAUUGUGGGGGAAAAAAGUGAACAUUCAAGAGCCAGAGCUUCCAAAUUCGUUCUUUACUUUUUCAUCACGAAGCCAGGCUGAUCAAGUCUUAAUUGUUUAAAUCGAUGGUUGGAUUUUUCAGGAUUUAUUAUUUUUAUCUCAUCCGCGAAUCAUUGACUUUAUGCAGCCGUUCAAUAUCAAAUACUUCACAUUUUUCAUCCACGUUUACAGCAAUUAAUCGAAAGUUUACAUUCCUCUACAUUAGACAUUCGUUGUCGUCUAUAUAGAAUCUCUAUUUUAUGUUAAAGAAUAAUUUUUAUGUACUUAAAACUUCUACUUAUCUCACCAUUAUACACAUAUAUUUACGUAUACAACAUCUAGGUAUACAUACCUGUAAUAUUAAGUGUUGAAGAAUUGUAGUAAAGAAAUUAAUAAAUUAAAUGGGAUAAAAGUUGUAAG